AUGCGUCUCAUCUCAACUGUUACCGGAGAGUUUGAGUGGUAUGGCGAUGCCCAGCGUCCCAAGUAUGCCAUCCUCUCACAUACGUGGGGCGAGGGCGAAAUCCUUUACCAGGAUUAUCUGUACCUGCGCAAUGAGAUCGCCGGAGAUGAGAUCAAGACCAAAGUUCUGGCAGCCUUCAUGUCGAAAGUACCACGUCGGGACAGUCCGGGAUACUUGAAGAUACAAGCUCUCUGCGAAGUCGCAAGGGCACGAGGCCACCAGUGGGUUUGGAUCGACACUUGCUGCAUUGAUAGAUCCAGCAGUGCAGAGCUGUCUGGAGCCAUCAAUUCAAUGUGGAAUUGGUACUGGAAUGCCGAAGAAUGCUUGGUCUACUUGGUAGAUGUCCCAGAAUGCCAUGUUACCAAAAGCCAUCUCGAGAAGUGGCCUUCUGGCAAACGACUGAGAGACGAAACACUCCAGAAGAUGAGAAAGUCACGAUGGUUCACAAGAGGCUGGACGCUCCAGGAAAUGCUGGCGCCUGCGAGGUUGACUUACUACGAUACGAACUGGAACAUGAUCGCAAGUCGGACCUAUCUUGCCAACGAGGUUUCAGACAUCACCAAGAUCCCGGCAAUCUAUCUUACGGAUCGGAAUCAACUGAAAGAGGCCAGCAUUGCAAUGAAGAUGAGCUGGAUGGCGUACCGCCAAACCACUUUGGAAGAAGACAUGGGCUAUUCCUUGCUCGGUCUGUUCGACAUCUCUAUGCCCCUGGUCUAUGGCGAAGGCAGGAAGGCUUUCAUGCGCCUUCAGCUUGAACUACUCAGCAAGUCGUCGGAUGAUUCUAUUCUGGCAUGGACGGCGAAUGUCGAGCCCACUGGAUUGCUGGCGAGAUCGCCUACAGCCUUUGCUGAUUCUGGCCACAUCAUACCCCCCGGCUUCGAGAAUCGAAGCGCACCGCAGCUCCCUUCAAUGAUGACCAACAUGGGUCUGCAAGUUCGCAUCCCAAAGUUGCAACAGGAUACAGUGGCAAGCAAGCUCAUGAACUCAAGUCGAUUAAUGUUCCAAAUGUUCAUGGACAAUCAGCAACUUGAAGCUGAACUUCCCCUAGCUUGUGGACGAAUCCGCGACGUCAGCCAGCCCAUCACACAUGCUUCGAGGCAGGAAGCUUAUGAGAAUUCUCUUUGUGUGAGACUCAAAAGGAUAGGAUCCCGAUGGCGUAGGUACGACUGUCACGAGCUCCCGACUGCUGACGGCUCUCUUCGCGCUGGGGGCUUCAUCCUAGCAGGCUACAUGGUGUACUAUGUCGAACAGCCGGGCCUUUGA